AACUUCUCUGUUUUUAUAUCCGGGGAGCUAUGUAUGCCGAGUGAAGACCCAAGACAAGGUCCUCGAUUUUUCUCAAGUAGAAUCAGCAUCUUCUCGACCACUAAAACAAGACAGAAGAUGACGUCUGAACGAUAUCACAAGGCGGCACGGGACAAUGCCCUGGAGAUUUUGAAAGAGGCAACGAGAAAGGACUGUAACUCUCGGGACGACGGUGGAAUGACCCCAACGUUAUGGGCAGCCUUUGAAGGCCACAUCGAAGCACUGAGACUCCUGGUAGCAAGAGGGGGGGACCCGGAUAAAACCGAUUAUUUCGGAAACACAGGUCUGCACCUUGCCGCGGCGAGAGGACACGAAUUUUGCGUAAAGUUCCUGGUGAAAUUUGGCUGCAAUAUCUGGUCCCUGGACAUAGAUCGUCACUCGGCUCGCGAAUUGGCGGCGAUCAACGGUCGCGAGAAGAUCCUGCAGUUUUUGGAUUUGGCGCAAGCCGAUCAGGAGCUGAACAAUCGUAAGAAGACACGAAUGUUACGUGAGAAGGCAGAGAAGGACGCGGAGAAAAGAUUGAAGGAAUACAUUAAGAGACAAAGAGUGGCGGAAGUCAGGGCGGAGAAGGAGCAAAAGAAAUUGUUAAAGGACAGGGCAAAGCUCGACGUGGAUUACAUGAACGAGACGAACAUUCUACCGCAUAGGCCAAGUAUCCUAACCUUAAAAGGUAAAGUCAAACCUUCUCCGACCUUCAGUGACAUAGUAGGAACGAAGAGGCAAGGAAGCGCAGUGAGCAGAAAAGCACAAGCAAGAAAGGCACUGGACGAUUUUAAGGUCGUGGAGAUCGAAGACGACGGUAAGAAAUCGGUUCGUAGUCUAACCGGUCUUCGUAGAGACUCGGAAGUGAUGUACGUCGGCACCUAUGAGACCCAUGCUCAGCAGAUCGGUAAGAGAGGACGCAUAUCCGACGUCUGGGGUACUUUGAACAAAGCGCAGAGUACCCCGGAUUUAUUGGGCGAUCGUGAUUUCGAUAACGACGACAGACAUAGUCAGGAGACAAUGUCGGACGUCGUGGAGGAGACGGUGUUACUUCAGGAACCAGCGAGCAUCUUCAAUAGACCUGGGUUUGGCUCCGUGGCCUUCCGACGAUCGAUAACCAACACACUGGAUAACCUGCCGGUAACGCAGGUCGAGGUACAUCAGCAUACCGGAAGUACACGUGUAAAUGGAUCGGUAAACGGUUCAAUAAACGGUCACAGAAACAUUCACAACGAAGAUAUAAGUAUCGGCAGUGCCGGAAGUCUGGCUCGUCGUCAGAGUAUAUGGGACGACGACUUGAUAUCCGAAGAGGAGGAGGAGGACGUCGUCGAGGAAUGGAGCCCACUGCAAAGAUUCCUGGUCGCCAAUAAUCUCUCCUCGAUACAGCCGACCCUCGAGGCAGAACAGAUUGACCUGGAAGCACUGAUGAUGCUCACGGAAUCGGAUAUCGCCGCGCUGAAACUACCGCUGGGUCCUAGAAGGAAACUGGUGAACGCGAUAGCUAACCGGAAGAGAGUUCUCGAGGCGCCGGAAGGCGUAAUUACGGACAGUAGAUUAUAGGGAUUUACAGUGUGUAGAAAAAGCACAAUGCCAAUCGUAAUGGCCGACAUAGUAUUUCUAUUAAAGACGUGCAUUGACCUUGCGACCGUGGCAACCGGAAACUAAUGAUUGACCAAGAACUUAACAGCGGGUCUAAGAUCAAUAACGUCUUCUUCUCAGUAUCGUAAACUCGACGGUUUCCGGUGCGCAAUACAAAAGGUACGAAAGUAUCUUGCCACUGUACAAUACAAUUGUACAACAUAUUGCCUCACUCGUACCGUAGAUAUAUAAUGUAAGAGAACGAAAGUCUCUGACGCUACAAAAUUAACAUAAAUAAAAACAAAGUUUGUAUAUAUAUAUAUA